AUGCAAAUGAGGAUAGACUUCAGGGCAGUAGAAAGCCUGCUCUAUGAUGUUCCCACCGAUUUGGAUAGUGCCUUUGAAGGCGAUACGGACGACGAGAAUUCCGAAGAUGGAGACCAUGACGAUGAGAGCACUGACGACGAUGAAUCUGAAGUGGACCAAGAAGAAGAUACGCUCGCUGUAGCCCAGUCCGAGACUUCGACUGAUACCCACGCAGAUAUUUCGACGCGUAUCGACGAAGCGAGGGACGACACUGUAGCUGAGAAAACCCCAGACACGCCUUCACCCAAGACCAAAACGAAGCCGUCUGCGCGAACUACGCGUUUCAGCCGACGGCUCAAAGAUCUCGACGCUCUCAGAGCACAAGAAGAAGAGAACAUGCAUUACAGUCCAAGGCGAAGAAAAGGCAAAGAGUUCAAAGGAGGACCUAUCGACCCAGAGAAAGCGCAUCUAGGCAUCGGCGAAAGAGAACUAGCUGAUCAUGACGGAAACGUUGUACUCGCCGAACUGGAGAGUAAUGUACGAGGCGCGGCUUAA